AUGAGUCUCGACGACUGGGUCUCGCGCGACACUGUCGAUGCCGAAGUUCGCGCGCACAUAUACAGUCUCGUCUCAGCGGUCGGUGGCUCCAGUAUCGAGUUUGAGGCCCGCUAUGUACUUGGAGACGAUGCACUUGCCUGUUUGAAAGAUAUCCGCCGGUGGUUGCGGCUAUACGACCAACGAUUGAACCGACAUGAUGUGGCGAGAUGCUUGGCUGAGGCAGAUGUGGUGAAGGGAGACCUUUGCGAAAUCCUGGCACUAUGGACCGAACAGCGGGCAAACGACUCUCUCAAGCGCAAGGCCGCUCUGGCCUCUAUGGAGGUGCUGGUCCCAAUUACCUGGCCUCUGCAGCUCGAUCAGGACGAAGCCACUGUUAAUCACCAUCGCCACAUCCCCUACCUGCAGCUCGCGCAAACCAAAUACAAGCGGGUUGUAAUGCAGCAUCAUUCCAAAAUCCUCCGCACCGCAGUACGAUUGGCCCUCCCUUCCAUGGCAGAGCCCCGACGAGAGAGAAGUAGUCGCGAUAACGGCAUCAUCUCGAUCAUACUUUACUUUCUCCGAAACAUCGCCCUCAUCACACACCCUCCGAACCUCCCCGAAGACGAUAACGAGGCGGAGAUCUCUCGAUCGGCUACAAUCGAUGCAUUUCACUACCAAGAUAUAUUCCAGCUGCUGCUCACAGUGGCCUCAAGUAUUGGAGACGAAUUCGUCGAUCAGGACGUUAUAGUGCUCGAGAUCUUGUUCCAUCUGCUGAAGGGCAUCGACGUUGAGAAGCUCUUCAUGGAGGAGGAGAAGCUGGCCAGCUCUAACACCAAUGAAUUGAGGGACCUGAUUCAGAAGGAAAAAGCGAUGCUUGCAGGGUAUGCGAAGCACGCACCAACAAGACACAACCGCUUUGGGACAAUGAUUUGGGUCAAGAGAGAUGACGAAAAAGUGUCCACGGUGUCGGGGCAAGAUGUACUUGCGAGCAGCGAGAGGAGCAUGCAAAAGAUGGACAAAUCCAAAAAAUGGAAUAGGCCAAAGUACACCGGAAAAAAGAAGAACGAUCUUCCACUGGACGAAUUCGACAAGAAGGUUCCGCUUGACAAGUCCGCACGGAGACACCUUAAGACGUUCGUCGAAGAGUUCCUGGAUUCAUCUUUCAACCCUUUGUUCACUCAUCUAAGAAAGGCCAUCGAAAAUGAGGCUGAUCGUGUGCUCACGGAGACGCAUCCAAGACAGUUUUGCUACCUGAUUUCGUGGUUCCUGCAAGCCGAGUGUGCGCGUCGUGCGAAGGCCAAGAAGGCCGCUCAGAACAAGGAUUCUGCAGCCACCGUUGCAGAAGAUGAAAGCUUCGCUUUGAUCGCUUCGGUAAUGAACCAGGAGACCUUCAUCCUCUUGAACAGAUUCAUGCAGCUCAGUCUGGAUAGCAAGUCAUGGCAGGACUUGAAUGCAGCCAUGAAAUGCUUCACGCAAAUCCUCCAGACAGUGCAGGAAAUGUCCGAGUCCAGCCUGGAGGACGACCAGGAGAUUGCCGAGAACAUCUUAAACCGCAUCUUCUACGAGGAGACCACCCACGACCGAAUAGUUACAUUACUACGCAGCUACAAGGACCAAGGACUCGGCUACUUGGACGCUUGUACUGAGCUGACCCACGUCUUCAUACGAAUGCUUGAACGUUAUUCGAAGCAGAAUGUUGAUCUCCAAGUUCGAAGCCGUAGACGAGCUCGUAAAAAGGCCAAAGCGGUCGCGCAAGCCAACGGUGAUGGGGAGGUCGAGGAUCAAGGUAACGGAGAAGAUGAUGUCGUCGCAGCUCACCGGGCAACUUCCGAGAGGAAGUUCGACUUUGCUCGGUUUCAAGCUCGUUUCACAACCCAGGGCUGCAUCGAUACUUUCGUGGCCUUCACUCGGUACUACAACGAUUUGAGCGUCGAACAAUUGAAACGCGCCCAUCGCUUCUUUUAUCGAGUCGCUUUCAAGCUGGAGAUGGGGAUCAUGCUAUACCGUGCCGACAUCAUUGCUCUGUUCAACAAGAUGAUCAAAGGUCCCGAGGGUCUUGACAAAUCUCUUCCCAUUUCCAAGGAGUGGGAAGAGCUUGUGAAGCAGGUCUUCCGCCGUUGUAUCAAGAAAGUCCAGGAACGUCCAGAGCUCAUUGUGGAGAUGCUUUUCAGCAAGAUCCCGGCAACUGUUUAUUAUCUCGAGCAUGGUCACGACAAGGAAGUCACCACGAGAAUACCAAGACCACCGGCUGAACUUGAGGUCAAGGGAAACCUGGAAAAGGACAAGCAAAUUGGAGUUGCUGUAUCACUUCUCAUCAACCAGAACAAGUCUGAACAUUUGGCAUGGGUCAAGAAAACCCUGUCAUCUGCGGCUGAAGAGCGGAGUGCGUGGGAGCAAGAUCAAGCAACUCGCAAGGCUAUGACGGAAUUCUCUGCGGACCAGGCUGUCCCUUCGACAGAGGACGAUGGUGCUCCGUCCAUCACCGUGAGGCCAGACAACGAGGAGCGCCGCAUUGCCUUAUUCAAGGACAACAAACUGCGGUUACUUCUCAAGAUUCUCGGGUUCAUAAGGGUGGGUCUCGACGAAGACCGAGAUGCUAGCUGGAUCAUUCCCCCCUCUCUCACCUCUGAAGAGCUUCAACAGAGUGCGCAAGCCAUUCAACAAACAGAAUGGGAGCCCCCAAGCUUUGACGAAGACAAGUCGGCCGAGGACAUGGUCCGCACGAAGCGGCAACACGUUGCUCUUCGCGGUGAUACUGAUGAUGAGGACGAUGACGUCCCUGAUGCCCUGGACGACGAAGAACUUUUCCCGGCAGGCGGCCCAACUGCCCGUCGGUCUGACGCUUUGAAAGAGCUCAAGAAGAAGAGGACCCGAAACAAGAGGACGGCGAGCGAAGAACCGGACGAUGAAGAGAAGGAAAGGAAGAAAGAAGCACGCCGACAAAGGGAACUGGAGAAGAGGCGGAAAAUCAAGAGCGAACUAUUCGUCCACUCAUCAGAUGAGGAUACAGACGAGGAAGCAGACAGAGAGUUCUUCGCUGCCGAGGAGGAGAGAAGGAAGAAGACGGCGGGCAAGAUUGUCCGGGCCCUCAUCAGCGCUCAGAUUCACGACACAGCAAGCAAAAAGAGGAAGUCGACGGCAGCAAACAAAAAGAGCAGGAAGAAGCAAAAGGGAUCUGGAACUGGAUCUGACAGUGAAGAUGCCGGUACCGGGCUGGACAGUCGUUCGUCGUCGGAAGAACCUGUCAGCCGGCUCAGGAUCGUUAGCGAUGACGAGGAAGAGUCUGAUACACCCCUGUCGUCUCAGCAUGCGGCGAAAGACACUGCCAGGGAAAAGUUUGCGGAGGCGCAGGCGACUACAGAGAAGACCACGCGAGAUGUGGAGAUGCAGGAAGGCGAUGACGAGGAGGAUGAGGGCGUUCCAGCCCGCAGGCCCGUGCGCAGGAGGAACAUCCGCGCAGGUUUCUUGAUUGACAGUGAUGAGUCGGAGUAG